GGAGUAGGAAGUGGAGGCAGAUCUCGGGUCAGGAAAACUGAUUCCAAAAUCACAGACACCUGGAGGAGGGAGGUCGAGACGAAGACUGAAGAGGGUUUUUGGAAAAGCAGGAAAGCGGAAGGCUGAAAGCUUCCUCUUCUUUCGGGUGAUAACUAAAGCUUCCUACAGAGCACGCUCAGUGGAAAACCAAGCAGAAGUCUCUAAACAGCACCGGACAAUCAUGAUGUCGCCAGACGACCAGGCCCUCAAGGACCUGUUGUACUGCAGUGACCUUGGUGAUGAGGCCAAAGGCGUAGACCUGGGCGGAGGUCCAACAGCGCCAGAGAAGAGCACCGCCACAGACUAUGUUCUGACAGCUGUGUCCAUCCAGGAGCCAAUGAUGUGCGCUGGGUGUGGUGAGCAGGUGUGCGACCGCUUCUUUCUAUUGGCUGCAGGAAGGGUGUGGCACAGCGUCUGCCUCCGCUGCAGCCAAUGUCAGUGUGAGCUGCAGACACAUCCCUCCCUGUUCUGGAGGGAUGGGAACAUCUACUGCCAGCAGGACUACAGCAGGAUGUUCGGAGGCGGUCAGUGUGCUCGCUGCCUCCAGCCAAUCCCAGCGUCUGCUUUGGUCAUGAGGUCCGGCGAGCUGACUUUCCAUCCUCACUGCUUCUCCUGCCAGGAGUGUGAUGUGAAACUAAUGCCUGGGAACCUGUACUGCAUGCAAGGCCUGAACCUCUACUGUCAGUCACAUUAUCAUGAUGAUGGGGGUGCCCUGCCUCCCUUUGAUGUCCAAACCAAAACAAAUCUGAAAGAAGGUCCAUACCAGGUCUCUGGUGAAGGUGAGGAGUCCGUAAGCAGCCCAGAGCCACGAUUGGAUGACAGUGUGGCAGGUGGGCGGACCCGCAGGCGAACCAAGCGAAUCAGGACAUGUUUCCGUAGCGAGCAGCUCAGAGCGCUGGAGUCAUGCUUCGCCCAGAAGCAAAACCCCGAUGGUAAAGACUGGACUUGCCUCGCACAUAAGACCGGUCUGCCCAAGAGAGUCCUGCAGGUGUGGUUUCAGAAUGCCCGGGCUAAACUCAGGCGUUCCCUCAGCUGUGACGAUUCUCAGGUUAACUCGCCCUCUGCUCCUCUGAAAGCUGUAACCAUAGCGACCAGCUCCCCGCCUCCCCCAUCCUGCUCCCCGCUGGACCAGCCGCCGCCCUUCCCCACCAGCACCAUCGACCAGCUGCAGCUGUCCCUGAUCACCACCCCGCUAGGCGAGCGUCUGGCAAACCUGACAGCCACCCAUCCUUCACAGCAACUGCUGCACAGCCCUGACUUCUUCCUGGACUACGACUCCCAGAACGCACCAGGGUGUCUCACCUCUCUGCAGGCCUACAGGGACUUUGAGGAGGCAGGAGGAGGAGGAGCAGAGAGAGAAGCUGAUCCGGAUACUUUCAGUCCACAUUACUGCUAGUCAACAAAUAAACAGUACUGAACAUUAGAGAAUAGUUAAAGGUGAACUGUUGAGCUGCAGGUGAGUGAGCAUCGAUGUCCACAUUAGAGAGGUGUACAGGUCUUUUAACACAAACAACAAACACUUCUGUGAAAUCUGACAGCUGCAUAUAUCAUAUGGAUGUUUAAAAUAAAAAAUAAUCAGGUGCUGCAACCCA